UUGGAGUGGGAAGUCAUUGGACGAAGUGGAGAGUUGAAGAUAAGAAUGUCAUGCCAGCGGUUGUCACGGCAACUGGUAUAAACAACAACAACAACAGAAGUUUGAGUUGGACUCUAAUAAUUAAAUGAAUACGGAUUUCUUCCAAAAAGAAUAAUAACACGUAAUGAUGGGCUCAAAAUCAGAUGAUCUCCCUCUUGAACAAAGACUAUCAGAUGCAUCCACCAUUCCAAACAAAACUAAGGCAGACCUCUUAAAGACCAUCAACCCCUCCAGGAAGACCCUAUCAUCUCGGGAAGCAAAGCUCAUUCUGGGGGUGCUAGAUGAGUGCAUUAAUCAGAUUGAGAUAGCGUCUCUUCUACGCACUUUGCUGAACUGUCCAGAAGCACUUUUGCUGAGCCUGAGAGAGGAGGUGGUCAGGGCCCUGAAAGAGCACCAGAGGCUUGAGGAAAAGUACCAAGCUAUGGUACUUGAUGGAAGUGAACAAAAGGAACAACUAUCCAAAUCAGCAAAAGCAGUUCAGGACUCCUUUCGUAACAUUGUACGGCUAUUGAGGGCAACUCCGACUGCAAGGGAGGUGCUAAAAGGGAUAGAAGCUAACACAGGGGGAGAGAUUAUUUCUCAGAAACUGAGAGAUGGCCUGUGCGAGUUGAGGGAGGUCGUUUUGGAGAGGCUCCUCACAACCCCUGCGGAGGAGAGAGAACUCAGAGAGAUGAUGCUGGAAGUCAGUCUACGUCACUCUGCCAACCAGGAACUGAUAGACUCACUGGACAAAGAGGUUGCAAUGGCAAUAAAAGCCAAGGAUACAGAGAUCUCCAAGCUGAAUAAUGAAGUGCACCAGCUGAGGAGAUCAGUGCAUCAGAUGGAAAAUGGUUUGGAAGAGUUUGUUGUCCGAACUCAGCAGGAUGCUGAGAAACAGAGUCAAUCAGACAAGAAAACUUCAGAGGGGAAGAGAGCUCGUUUGCAACAGGAGGCCAAUCAACUGAGAGCUCAGCUCAAUAAUGUGAUUGCAGCAAACAGAGAGAGAGAACUGGAACUACGAAAGAAAAAAUACAAGGAAGAAACAGAGAUCGAGAACUUGAUACAGAAAUAUGAUGCUGAAAUGGGAGAGAAACAGACAGAGUUGGAGGAAAUGACACGCAUGCAUGAGAAAGAUAAGACUGAGUUGAAAGAGCUGGAGGAACUUUUUGCAGUUAUGGACCUGGAGUACUCCCAGAUUAUGGAGGAGCGACGGGAGGCUCAGGAGAAGAGGGAACAGCAGGAAAAAGAAAGAGAAAUGCAGAGCCAAGCUGCUACUAUCAUUCAGGCCCACUGGAAAGGCUUUUGUGUGCGCAAGGCUAAGAAAGCCAGCGCAAAGCCCAAGAAAGGAAAGAAAGGAAAGGGGAAAAAAGGGAAAUGAAAGAGAACUAGAAACGAAAGCACAGUGCAAAAUAAAUAAAAUCAAUAAAGC